AUGAAUUCAAUCCCAAACUCCUUCAAGAACCACAUUCCACUGGACUUCAAGAAUGUACACACCAUACCCAAUUCCCAUGAAUGGACCCUACCCAACGACCACACGGUUGCCGAACCACAAACAUUCGGAUCCAUGCCCAUCAUAAACCUCUCUGACCCAAAUGCAAAAUCGCUCAUACGACACGCGUGUGAGAAAUGGGGUGUGUUCCAAGUCAUUAACCAUGGCGUUCCCUUGAACCUCCUGAAUGAAGUUGAACUUCUAACUCAUAGAUUAUUUUCCUUACCAACUCACCGGAAAAUCUGCGCUCUCCGGUCACCGGACGGCAUCACGGGCUACGGGCUGCCUCAAAUUUCAAGUUUCUUUCCAAAGCUCAUGUGGACUGAAGGUUUCACAAUGGUGGGGUCUCCGGUGGAACAUGCCACCCUACUUUGGCCACAUCAACCCAACGAGCAAACUAAUUUCUGUACUGUAAUGGAGGAGUACCAGAAAGAGAUGAAGAAAUCGACUGAAAGGUUGGUGGAGCUGAUGCUUGGAUCACUGGGCUUAACCUCAAAAGAUAUCGAGUGGUUGAAGCCCAAAACGGGAUGUAACAAGGCCCAGAGUCUUCUUCAUCUGAACUCAUACCCAGCUUGUCCAGAGCCAGACCGAGCCAUGGGCUUAGGCCCACACACUGACUCAUCAGUUGUCACGGUUGUGUACCAAAGCACUUGCAAUGGUUUACAAGUCCAUGGAGAUGGCAUUGGGUGGAUGGCGGUCCAGCCCAUUCCCGGUGCACUUGUGGUCAAUGUUGGUGACUUGAUGCACAUACUCUCCAAUGGCCAAUUCAAAAGCCCUCUUCAUCGAGCGGUUGUAAACAAGACACGUCAUCGAAUCUCAGUUGCAUACUUCUAUGGCCCACCAAAAGAUGUGAAGAUAUCACCGUUGACCGAUCAUGAUCAUCCACCACUCUAUUCCCCAGUGACUUGGAAAGAAUACCUUGGUGCCAAAUCAAUGCAUUUUAACAAUGCACUUGAGCUUAUUAAGAAUAAUAAGAAUAGGAAUGGAGUAAUAUCCUCAAAGUGA